AUGGAUCCCAAAACUCUAAAUCAAGUUGAUAUUGAUUACCUCAGACUUUACGAACAGGCAUGGGACAUAUGGCAGCCGAGUACAAGCUGCUCAACAUCUGAUAAAUGGAUUCCUCCAACUGCUGUGUCCUUGAAAAUAAUAAGCAUAAUGGGUAUGUGGAAGCGAGUAGUAGUUGGUACUGAGACACUUACUGUCAAGAUUAUAGCAUCUCGAGAGGUAGUGAAUUUCGCAAGGGUGCAAGGACUGUGA